CAAAAUGGCCGAUGAUACUAACUGUAAUCCGUGUCCACGUAAAUUUAGUGUGAUUUAGCUGCAUAUCUUAGAUCGGUUUAAGAUCUUCCAAAAACGAGCAUUUGAAUAAUGUCACUUGAUCAUAAUCCCCAAUGUUCUGCCUGCAAAAUAGCGAAUUCUUUGAUGUGGAGGAGAGGGUCUAAUGGCGAAAUCCUUUGUAACAGCUGCCAUUUGAAGCGAGUUAAUUCUAGCGUUCGUGCUCAGCGACAAAGCUCUAAGGAGAGCAAAAAGCUCAUUGCAAGGAUUAAGGCAGGAACACGAAAAGGUUGGAAUGGAAAGUCGGGGGAAAGAUCUAGAGGUCGCCGUUCCUUGCAAAAGAUGAAACGAAAGGUAAAUUUAAGUAAAUGUUAUAUUUUACCUCAGUACAUACCACAUGAACAUUAAAUUAUUUUAUUGUAAACUGCCAAAUUUAUUUCCUGAGGCUUUUUUUUUCAUACAAAAUGUUUACUACUCUACUGAGGUCCUGAAAGAGAGAGGUGACCAUAAACUACUCGAUGAAAAGGGUCUGUAUUGAUCACUAACAACAAAUUAAUGAGAAGAAAUUUCACGUUGGCCUCGAAGGAUAGGAAAAAAAUGUACAUUAAGACAAUAAGUAUAGUGUAAAACCCAAACGACCACUUUUUCGAUUUUUUUUUCCAAAAUGCGCCCAGACUUCCAACUUCCAUGCAAUAGACUUACAAUUUUUACGUGGCUGUAAGGAUAAAUAUCUAGCGAGUUUUGAAGGGACAGGUUACUCCUGUGAGGAAGUCCAACUCCUUUUUUUUAAUUCUUGCGUGAAUGUGAGGAACCGAUAUAUUGACUCAAAUUCUUAACUGAAAUCCAAAUAUCUCUGCAAUUACUCUUUUAGUCGUUUUUAGACAAAACUAUCUUUGCAAACUUUUAGGACUUGUCCAAUUUGAUGAAAUACAUGACAUUGCACCUUGUGCUUGUAGGAAUGCAACUGUUUUCAACAAUCAUUACUUUAAUGCCAUUUUCAUCUGACUUCAAGAUGUAAAUGGUCAUAAAAUGCAAACAAUGGCAUACCACUCUGCUGAACAAAGAUAAAACUUUUCUUAGAGUGAAGCUUAGUCAGCAUUUAAUUACAAAAAGAGUACUUUGGUCUGUGACCUAAGUUUAAUGCUACAUUUACACGUAUACACUCUUUUAACAGACUGGGUGUUUUACAGUUAAAUUAAGUAAUUUCUUGUUACUUUUAACAUAAUAAUUAGGAAGUAAAGAUUUUACCACACAUUAAAUUUGAAGUUAUCUCUGUAUGGUUCGUUUCACCCAUUUGAAUCAGUGACUUGAGUCAAACAUCUUCUUUAAAGAUUACCUUAGCACUUGUGAAUACCCCAAGCUUAAAGGAGGUGCACUACCUUGUACAUUGAUAGACACUGAUGUUAUCUGUUGUCAAAUAUGGAACUAUUUGUCAUUUUGAUUGCAGCCUUAUAAGUCACCAGAGGGUUUUGCUACUGUAGUUGCAGCUGACAGGAUUUACUUCAAAGUAUGGCUUUGUGGAAAUUUAUUGUUAAAAAUAAUAUAAUAUAUAAUAUACUUUAUAUUUUGACCUGGGGAUGAUAGUCAUAAACUAAUUGAUCCUCUCGUCAGGUGUCAUUAUUUGACAACUUUUAGUCAAAAAGGCCAAACAGAGAAGGGAGGGAACAAUUGAAAUAUUCUAAGUUGAUAAGUUGAUAACUACUAGUUUAGUCUUUUUCAAAAUGAGUAAAUUUAAGAAAAUAGUUCAAGAGAAUUAUUGUAAGUGAUAUCCAAGAAAAAUCCUGAACACACAAGAGCUUAUUUUAAGGAAACCUCCUCUGGUGGAACAAAUAAUCUUUAAAUUAACAAAAAUUAUCUUACAAGUUAAAAUUUAUCUUGAAUGUCAUUGAAGUAGCUAGAGGGAGAAAAAAAUGAAACUGAUCUGUGUCAUCUUCAAACUGGCUUUCUCCAUCUCAAUGUUUAAUUGUAUGUUAUUACCUGUACGAUUCCCUUGGGACUCAAUUAAAUGAAAGAGCUAUUGUCUCUUGAUAAUAAUGACAACUGUAUAACAUCAUGGAAGCCAAAAUGGUGUUUUCCAAAAUGCGAGCAUUGUUUACUGUAUUUUGUACAUUUCAGUUCUUGUUUCCUAAUGUUUUUAAACUAAUCUUCAUGAAGCAUAGCAAGUUGUUUUCCAAAUGGUGGUUUAUGAGUUGGUUGUUGUUUAGACAGGGAAGGUGGACAUUUGUACAUGAUACCUGACACAGUUAAGUGUUUCAUUUAUUUGUAUUUGUUAAAGGGUAUUCUUUACCAGGCUGGUGACAUAGUAUCCAUCGAAGACAUAGAGGGUGAUCUGUAUUAUGCCCAGCUUAAAGGCUUUCUUCAAGAUCAGUAUGCACAGAAAACUGCAGUUAUUACAUGGCUUCUACCUAUGGUUCCUAAACCAUCACACUUUGAUCCUGCUCUCUUUUUACCAGGUACAGUAUGUGUACUUGUGAUGAAUAUGAAACAUGUCGGUUAACAUCAUGGUUUCUCUUGCUUUGUCUCAAGUUAUUUUCAGACUAUGUAGAAGACAGGUUUAACUCUAACAGAAGAACUCUGAUGUUUCAAUUUUUCAGGACCUGAAGAAGACACUCCUAGACCGAUGGAAUGUAUGGAGUUUGUUUGUAGAGCCCCAACAGAACUGUUUAAAGCCAGAAGAGAACAUCCUCCAUUCAUAACUCCACGACAACCCGACCUUAAUGAUUUAGCAACAGUUGCAGAACAACUUCUUUCCAAUGAAAAUCAUCAACAGUUAUAA